AUGGCAGGGCUCGUACUUCUCCUCUCGCCCGUCCUCGCCGUCCUGUCCCUCUUCUUGACCCAAACCAGCUCCUUCAACCUCCUCAUCAACGCCCUCGUCACCCAAGUCGCGCUCUGGUGCAGCGUCCAAGCAUGCAGGCUUGAGUACGACCGCAAGACGAAGGCGCGCUGGAUUGCGUACGGCAGCACCCUUCUGUGCGGCGUCGUCAUCGCGGUCCAGAUCCUCUACGGCAUCUCCGACACCCUCUGCAGCCCCAAUCAUGCGCUCGGCACCCAUUCCUGCGCCAUACUCUCCGCCUUCCUCACCGGUACCGAGCCGAAACACGCCGUCGUCGUCCUCCUCUUCUCUCCACUCUUCGCCGCCCUCGCGAUCCUUUCGGCAUUCUCGACUGCGACCACACUCACCGCCCUUGCGCUCUACCGCCUCAGCCUAUUCCUUCGCGUAAUGAGCUGUAUACCAGCAGAGAUCUGCUGCUGCUGCAGAGGCAGGAGGUGGAUGCGGAGGACCAGGGCGCGCUGGUACGGCGUUGUCGACGAGCUGGACAACAUGGAAACAGGCGGACUGGCUGUAGAGCGAGGGAAUGUGACGCUGCAGAGGCUUCAUGAAGACUGCAGGUCCAUCACCAGUGACUCGUUCGACCUCGUCCGCGACACUGACGCCCUUCUAUAUCAGUCAGAACAUCUCAGCCGUCUUCGUCGACCGCCCCCACCCCCGCCAUACUCCUGCCUUCCUUCUCCCACUCUCCAUCUCUCCAAACAAUGA